AAAACGUUGUCAGAGUGGGAGCUCUAUAUCCUCAUUUUUCUCUCAGAGUGGGUGCUCUUCCUGCCAACAUUCAGUUGGUGACGUUUUCACAUCCACGGGUCUGUCUGUCGGCAGCUGGUAGGCAGCUAGCAGUCAGCUAACCCGCUUCCUCCUCCUCCUCCUCCUCCUCCUCCUCCUCCAGCUGAGCGGAGAGCCGUGGAUAAACCCCCCCGCACCUCCAUGCAUCUCCCGGGGCCGCGAUGGCAGCGACAGAGACGGUCUGACAUCGUAGCUAUGUAGCUAAAUGCCUCACAGUAUCCGUAGUUAAUGUUAGCCUGGUGAUUCGUGUAGCUGUUUCCCACCAGUAGCUAGCUGUAUUUCUGCCCGGGACAGACGGCCUCUCUCCAGGAGGAUGCUGAAGCUGUUCGCCGCGCUGGUGGUUCUCGGGCUGGCCAUGGCGUGCAUCACCUCCUGGAUGCUGGACAGCUACGACACGGCAUGGCACCCGAAGCGGAGCAUCCAGCACCCGACUGCCGGGGAUGGAGAGGAACAUCCCGGGAGCUCUCCACCAUUUCCCGACGGCGAGUUGAGCAAUAUUUUCUGGUUUAUACAGGUUUCCGACAUUCACAUAAGCAGAUUUCACGACCCAAGACGCAUUCCUGACUUUGAAAAGUUCUGCACUGAAACAAUUGAAGUGAUCAAGCCUGAUCUAGUGCUCGCAACAGGGGAUUUGACAGAUGCUAAAACGGAGAGUAAGGUGGGUUCACUCCAGCACGAGGUGGAGUGGCAGGCCUACCACAACAUCCUGAAGAGGUCUCGUGUGAUGGAGCGCACGAGGUGGAUAGACAUCCGAGGAAAUCAUGAUGCCUUCAAUAUAAUGUCAUUGGACAGCGUCAACAAUUAUUACCGGAAGUACUCUGCUAAUCAGAAAAUAGGCUCAUUCCACUAUGUUCACAAAACUCCCUUCGGCAACUACUCCUUUGUCUGUGCGGACGCCACUCUGACUCCGGGACCCAAGAGGCCGUACAAUUUCUUUGGUAUUCUUAACCAGACUCAAAUGGACCUGCUGGACACGUUCAGAGCUGAGAGUCUGAAGAGCAACCAGUCGAUCUGGUUUGGCCACUACACCACCUCAACUGUCGUUUCCCCGUCUCCAGGAAUCAGAGACUUGAUGAGAUCUGCAGUAGCGUAUCUGUGUGGCCACCUGCACACGCUGGGCGGCCUGAUGCCCGUCCUCCACAGCCGACACCCCACAGGCACCCUGGAGCUGGAGCUGGGUGACUGGAUGGACAACCGCAGGUACAGGGUUCUGGCCUUUGACAACGACCUGCUAAGUUUCUCCGACCUGAAGUUUGAGCAGUGGCCAGCCGUGCUCAUCACAAACCCCAAGGACGCUCAGUACCUGCACCCCGGACUGGAGCCGCUGGGCCGAAUACGGAGAUCAACGCACAUCAGGAUCUUGGCUUUCUCGGAGGCCACAAUCACAGCGGUGCAUGUGAGCGUGGAUGGGGAACCUCUGGGGGAGGGCCGCUCUGCUGGAGGUCCUCUCUAUGUUCUGCUGUGGGAUCCAUCUCUCUACCUCACUGGAGUGCACACCAUCAGAGUUAAAGUGGAGGACUCGGCGGGCCGGUCGUCAGUGCGGGAGCAGCACUUUACUCUGGAGGGCAACCUGACUCCUAGCUUUGGGUUCAUGCAGUCCUUCAUCCUCCUCACAGACCACUACAUCCUGGCCCGAGCAGCCUUCAUAUUCGUUAUCCUGCUGAAUGUGGGGGUGCUGCUGGCCUUCAGGUUCCUGCCUGCUCCUUCUGGGAGAGGAUUGACCUCUCAAGCAUGCAUGUCUCUCCAUCUGGUCAGCUCAAUGGACACCUUCUACUACUCUCUGCUGCUAUUCAACCUGUGUACAGCCUUAGGGCCAUGGUUCGUAGGAGAGCUGAUAGAUGGCCAUAGUGGUGCCUGCUUCGCCUUCGGGGUGUUUGUCGAUGGGCACUUCCUGGAAGGCAGUCUCACAUAUGUUAUUGGAGUCGUUCAACUGCUUUUCUUCAACAUGCCCCUCACCUGCUAUCUCUGCUGGAGCCUCCACCACCGUUGCCGUGGUAACACCUUCCGAUCCCACUUCCUGCGGCCGGGCUGCCGCUGGCGGACUCUGGCGUUUCACCUCCUCAUGCUGCUGCUGCUCACCUGGCAGGCGCACUCUUGCUACUUCCUCUUCGAGACCUACGGCGCCGUGGCCUUCUUACUGUCUCCGGUCCGCACGUGGGCGUUUGGGCUCAGUCUGCUAUUGGUCUACCACGCCUGGACAUGCCCCGCCCCUCUCGCUCGUGACAACAGCAAGAGCGUCACUCCUUCUUGACAGUAAUUGCACUGUUUCCACCACGAUCUCUCUGGAGCCUGAUAUAUUUUACUGUCUCUAUCCACCUUGAAAGCAGCGCCUUCCUUUCUUUCUCUCCUUCUUCCAAAACCAGUACAUCACUCACUAUCCUGUUUAUCUUGUUUACUUAAUAUGCAUGUUAUUGUUAAACACCGGUGAGCACAUUUCUAGCCAUAUCCAAAACAAUGUGUACAGUGUAAGAAAAGAAAAAAGAUACGUUGGGAGUGAAAUAGCCUCUUUGAGCUACGAGCGGUCCAAAUUGUACUGCACUUAACAGUCAGUAUAUUCUGCUGUGAUUCAGAGGGAUCGUUUGUCAUUUUUAAAGUGGGGUUGUAUGAGGAACUGACCCAUAAAAAGAUGACAGUCAUUGCGUCACCACUUUGUAGAGACAGAUUACCGGCACAAAAGCUAAGCAACGUACAGCUGUGAAUCGGGGACAUUGGAUUUCUAAAAAAAGACACUUUCAUCUCUUUAGGCGUAUGCUAUAUUCAGAAUAUUUUAAAUGCUUUACCUUGCUGACAGAAGCCUUUCUUUUAGGUGGCUACAAUAUUACUUGUUCUGCUUCCCCCCAUCCACAGCAGUACACUGAUUUGCUUAGGUGAUCAUACUCCUGUCUGCUUCUCCAGAUCAGAGGUGUGCCGAUCACUGAUUAAAACCUCCUGCAACAGCAUUUCAAAAAUUCAAACUAUCCCUUUAGGCUGACUCAUUUACUUGAGCGUUUAGCUUAUUUAGGAAGUGUUGCCUUGGCCGAAUGCCACCUCACCACUGCCAAAGGAUGAAUAAGUUAAUAAUAACGACUUCUUCAUCUUUUAUUCUUCCCGCUGAAAAUCAUUUUCAUUCGCUAAUGAAGGCUGGACGUGCCAAACCAUACCUUCAUUUUGUAUUCUGUGAGCUUUCCUAACUCCCCAUGGCUGACAGUGUUGUAGUUACAGUAAAUCCGGGGGAGAUGACGCAGGAAAUGCAACCUAGGUCAUCAUAAGUUUAUUCUACACAUGAUUACAGGAGAUCAGAGGAAGGAGAUUUCAAAAUCAAUCACAUACUGUAGUUGGUCUGUGUUCAAAUAGUUGAUGAUUUAAAGUGUUUUUAAAUAAAAUACCAUUGCACACAACUGCCACAUAAAAACAUGUCAAUAUUCGCAGUGAAUAGUUAAAAAACGUACAUGCCGUUUUUCUCCAAAACGCAACAACAUGCCGGCCUGACUCUUCGUGCUCCUUCAAAUGUGACUACAGAAAGCAGCUGUUUGUUUCUCAGGAAUGUGAGCACUUGAGCAAAAGGCUGGUCCCAGUAGUAUUUCAGGACAAUGUUUUUAUACUACAUAGUAGCUCAUUGAACUAAAAACCAUUUUCAACAGCCGAGAUGUGUGGUGGCUUCCAAACAAAAUGAAUGUGUAAUAGAUGUGAUGAAAUGAGAAGAACCAGUACUAUACUGUUUUAAUUAUUUAUUCUUUCUGAUUGUAUUGAGUGAUUUCUCUUUUUUCCCCUUCAUGUUAUAUAUCUGCACUGGAAAUGGGUAUUCCUUGAAUUAAUUGAAGUUGAUUUGAGAGCUUUUUGUGUGAAAACGAUGUUUGUCUGUAUUGUUCUGAAACUGCACUCAAUCCGUCUGUAGUAGCAGUUGUCUGAAAUCCACCAGAACUAACUGAUCUAAAUAUAAAAGACAAAGUCUUUUAAUAGAAGUAAUGUUCCAACACAGUUGAAUCCUGGUUUUUUUUCUAAACCAUACCCAGCAUGAGUGCGGAGUAAUUGCUCAGUCGUGUGAUAAGACAUGCAGUUUAUUAUUAGAACAGCUGCUUGACACUAAGAGUAAAUGAUGUGCACUCUUGAAGGAAAUUGUUUGAAAACCUUUUCCCUUCUCUGCACAGACAAGUGUUAUGGGAGCACUACCAAAUGUAUAACUCCAGUGUAGAGACGGAUAUUAAAAAUGGAUGACUUUUGUUAUUGGCAUAGUUAAUUUCCCUAAUGCUGCGCAGUACCUCUCACAAGAUAUAUCUGUCCACAAGGAGGGAGUAGUGUGUUGCAUUUGACUUCCACACCAACUAAUGCAUGGAACUGUUUUGUUUUCUGUUGCAGAAAAGCACCAAUUGUUAUACUCUGAAUCUGGUUGUGAUUGUUCUGUACUGUGCACUACUUUUAAUUUUCACAACAACAAAAAAACCAUUACUACCACUAAGUCUCUGAGAGGGCAUAUACUGUAAGUAAUGUACCGGCGACCACUUCUUUUGCAUCCCUUCCUAUGUUCAAACACUGAAGUAUAUGAAUGAAAAGACUUACUAAGGUAAGAGCCAAUCACAAUGUUAUUUUAUUAAUGGUUUAUAGUGCUGUGGAAUAAAAUGUUCAUUACAGUAAAUCAUA